UUGGACGUAUAAAUUCAUUGCCCUGGGCAAAAUUCAAGGUGUAUAUUUUCAUAUACACAGAUGACACUUUUUACAAACCUACCGUGUUAAAUGGCAGUAGAGGGGAGAAAGAGCAUUCGACCCGAACAGGGGAACAAGAAGUCCUCCGGACAAAAAGAUCCUAAGAAACCGGCAACCAAGACGAAGUCCUCGCUGACAAACCAAGACAAAACCGUCAUGUCAACAUCUGUAUUUAUUGUCUGCAUAUUCCUAAUGUUCUGGGAGGGACUGAAAGCCUGUCAGCUUCCACAGGAUAACUGUCCCCCAGGUGCCACCUUGACGCUGGCCAGCCCCGGGGGAGGGGCGGUGUACAGUAAGUGUGGGGACACCAUCGAUAAAUCGGCGGCCAAGGAGGCUCCCCAGGUCAAAUUUCAAAAUGUUCAGCCAGACAGUCUAUACACUUUGGUUAUGGCAGACCCUGAUGCUCCAUUCAAGGACAAUCCCACCCAGAAAUACUGGCUACAUUGGAUGGUUACGAAUAUCAAGGGUUCCAAUCUGAUGGAUGGAAAUGCUUUAGGUGGUGAUGUAGUGAUGGCAUACAUUCCCCCAACCCCACCUAAGCCUGAGCCAGGGACAACUAACCCUCACAGAUACAUGUUCUAUCUACUGGAGCAGACGGACGAACCAGAUACCUCCCUGGUCAACCAGGAGUGGAGGGGGAAGUUCAGACUGGACGACUUUGUCAUCAACAAUGGAUGUCAGAUUGUGGCCUCAUUUCAAUAUACUACAAGUUUCUGAAUAAAUCCACAGCUUAGAAAA